AUGAAGCAAAGAAUCACCUCCCUUGAUAUCAAGGUUCUUGCGGUGGAACUUCGUGCAUCCAUAGUGGGAUAUCGACUCCAGAAUAUUUACAAUAUUCUUGACUCAGACCGAAUCUUUUCCCUCAAGUUUUCCGUACCUGAUAGUAAAAAAAGUUUAGUGGUGGACUAUGGUUUUAAGCUUUAUUUAUCGGAGUUUGAACGUCGUCUUCAACCUACCCCAUCCAAUUUUGUCACCAAAUUAAGAAAGCAUUUGAAAUCUAAACGAUUGACCAACCUUAAACAAGUGGGGGACGAUAGAAUUAUUGUGCUUGAGUUUUCUAAUGGGCUUCAUUACUUGGUUCUCGAAUUCUUUAGUGCAGGGAAUGUGAUUCUUUUGAACUCGGACCUCGAGAUCUUGAGUUUACAGAGAGUGGUCAGUGAUAAAAAGCAAGAUACUGGGAAAUAUGCGGUUCGUGAAAGCUAUUCAAUGUUUGAUCCAAAGACUUUAUUCCUGGACUCUGUUAAAUAUUUUCGUGAUGAUAAUGAGAAUGAGAAUGAUAACAACGAAUCUCAAGUGAUAGAACCUGUCCAGAAGUAUAACUACCAAAAGAAAUUGUAUACCAAAGAACAGAUUCUUGAAUGGAUCAAAAUUGCCGAAGCCAAAAAGGCCACCAAGAAAGAAGGUCAAGAAGCCAGCAAAUUCCAUCAGAGUACAAAGGCCAAGAAGAGUAAUACCAUCUCGGUGUUAAAGCUUUUAUUCUUGAAUUGCUCGUAUCUAUCUUCGGACUUACUACAAAGAAACUUCAUUGCCGCCGGUAUUGAUCAUACUCAACCUUGCAAAAACUUGGAAGACAAUCAAGAAUUGUUGGGUACCACUUUUGAAGUUUUGUUGAAAUCAGAAGAGGAUAUUGCCAAAUUAUUGAACUCGGGUAAUGUUGAAGGUUUUAUUGUAUUGAAGAAAAAUGCUCUUUUUAAACCGGAUGAGGAACCAAUUCAAAGUGCGUUGCUUGGUGAUGGGGAAAAACUAAGCACUGAAUACACUUUCGAGCAAUUUCAUCCUUUUAAACCAGUUAUUGCAUCGGAAGAUCUUGAAUCAGGGAAAUUCAAGCUUUUGCAAAUUUCGGGAUACAACAAGACUUUGGAUAAGUUUUUCUCAUCUCUUGAUUUAUUGAAAAAUGCUCUCAAGAUCCAACAAAGUAAAAAUCUUCUCGGUAAGAAAUUGAGCAGUGUGAAGCGGGAAAAUGAAGCCAAGAUUGCUAAACUUUCCAACCUCGAAGUAGCGAACUAUCGAAAAGCUGAACUUAUCAUCUUGAAUGCCGAUAAGAUUGAACAGUGUAAAAUGGCAGUCCAAUCUUCGAUUGAUCAAGGUAUGGAUUGGAAUCAGAUCGAAUCAAUGAUUGAAGCAGCCCAAUCACAAGGUAAUGAAUUUGCUUCGAUGAUUGUUUUACCCUUGAAUUUGAAACAGAACAAAAUUAAGGUGAGAUUGGUGGAAAAUGAAGUGGAAGAAGAAGAAUCGGAUGAUAAGGAUGACGAUAGUUUAAGUGAUUUAUCUUUAGAUAGUGAUGAUGAUAAUGAUGAUGACUACCAACAAGCCAGCCAAUCUAAAAAACCAAAAAAACAACUCCAGUACGUGGUGGUGAACAUUGAUCUUAGUAUUUCUGCAUAUGCCAAUUCUAAAACCUACUUUGACCAAAAGAAAAAUGCGCAAUCGAAAAAGGAGAAAACUGAAAAAACUGCAGAACUCGCCUUCAGAAAUAGCGAGAAGAAACUCAAUGCCACUUUGAAAAAAGACAUUGAAAAAACUAAUCGAGAUCUCGCGAUUCGUAAAACUCGUCAAAAACAUUGGUUUGAGAAAUUCUAUUGGUUUAUCUCUAGUGAAAACUACCUUGUCAUUGCCCCUAAAGAUACUCUCCAGCUUGAAAUGAUUUACUACAAAUACUUUAAUUCAAAGCAUGACUAUUAUGUGAGCUCUGAUAUUGAAGGGUCUUUACAAGUGUUUGUUAAGAACCCUUAUGCUGGUCAAAAGGUACCGCCAUCAACUUUAAACCAAGCAGGGAUGUUUUCCCUUUCCGCGUCCAAAGCGUGGAGCUCCAAUAUUUUGACUCCAGCGUGGUACGCUGAAGGGAUCCGUGUUACAAAGAAGGAUCCUCAUGAUGGGUCGUUGUUGCCUGAUGGGGUCUUGGAUAUUAUUGGCGAGAAACUUUUCUUACCCCCAACGCAGUUGAGUAUGGGAUUGGGAUUAUGUUGGGUUAUUGGUGACGAGGGUCGUUUGUUAGCACAACAAAAAAGAGAAGUUUUGCAAAAAGAAUUGGGAUUCGAAAUUGUUAAAGAAGUUGCCGAUAUCAAAGACGUGGCCAAAGAAAAGUUAGCGAAAUUGACAGAUAAGGUGAAAAAUUUGGAUAUCAACCAAGAAGCCUCGGCAGACGAUGAAAAAAUUGAAUCAUCUACCCAAGAAACUGAUAAUGAAGUGAAAGAAUUAGAACAGGAAGAGAAGUCACAAAAGAAGCAGCAACAACAGCAACAACAACAGCAACAACAACCAAAGAAAAUGACAAGAGGGAAAAAGAGCAAACUCAAGAAAUUGCAACAGAAAUACGCAGAUCAGGAUGAGGAAGAUCGGAUUAUCCGUUUAAAAUCCCUUGGUGUACUUAAACAAGUGGAAAACAAAGAUAGCGACUCGACGUCAAAAGAGGCUGGUAAACCCCAAGGUGCCAACAGCUCACAAAAGUAUGGUAACGCACAACGUAAUGCUGCUCGUCAGCAAAAGAAGUACAGUGAGCAAUUCAUGGACAUUCUUGAAGAGGAUCUCAUUGACGGUGACUAUUUAUCGAUUUUUGAUUCGUAUAGUUGCAAGAUUUCUUCGUUGAAUGAAAAAAUCAUCGAUGUUGUGCCGAUGUUUGCUCCUUGGCAAGCAUUAAGCAAAUUCAAAUACAAGGUGAAGAUCCAGCCAGGGUCCAGUAAGAUUGGGAAAUCUAUGAAUGAGCUGCUUAAUUAUUUUGUGAACCGGAAAUCCAAUAAAGAGUCGGCAACUUUGAAGAAAUUCGAAGGGGACUCGAACAAAUCUGUUGAUUCGUUCUUUGAUUUCGACUUGGAUUUUGAAUUUGAACAUCAUAUUAUCAACCAACUUAAACCGGUGGAUCUUCAACCAGCAUUCACUGUUAAAGGGGUAAGAGUGAUAUUACCAUCCAACGCCAAUGGUGGUGGUGGCGGUAAGAAGAAUGGUGGUGGUAGUGGUGGCAAAGGUAAGAAAAAAUGA